ACCACUUCCUGAAGCGCGAGGCAGGAAGUUAUCUGGUACUUCUGGAGUCCCGUGGAGAAAGUGUUCUCCGCCGCAUUUGUAGCGGCGAGGGCUGGAGGUGGGGCGGGGGACGGGCCGUUCGGUUCUGCCGCAGCCAGGAGCCGGUUCCCAUCCGCGGCACCACGGCCCCCUCUUCCAGCCCCGAGCCCGGCGGGGCUCUUUCAGGCUCCUUGACGCCGCUGAAGGGGGCACCUACCCGGGCAUCGCCUGAGCCUCCAGCCAGGACACCUGUUCCUGGCUUCAGGUGCCCUUGUCGCCCCGUGCCCUGCCCUCCUCCCUGAACCACCGCAACUCCGGUCCAGAGCGACAGGCUUGGACCUGCGACCAGACGGCAACAAAACGCUCAGCCCCGGCGCUCCACAGACGGGGCUCUGCAUCGUCUCUGACAUGUCCCCCACCAUCUCCCACAAGGACAGCAGUCGGCAGCGGCGGCCAGGGACGUUCAGCCACGCUCUGGAUAUGAAGAGCGGGCCUCUGCCGCCGGGCGGCUGGGAUGACAGUCACCCGGACUCGGUGGGCGGGGAAGGGGACAGAGAAGCUCUUCUGAGGGAUCUCGACACUGGUGACUUCCCGAAAGUCCCGCGGAGCUGCCGGGCCGAACUAAGCAGCAUCUUGCUCCUGCUCUUUCUUUACGUGCUUCAGGGCAUCCCUUUGGGCUUGGCGGGAAGCAUCCCACUCAUUUUGCAGAGCAAAAAUGUUAGCUAUACAGACCAGGCUUUCUUCAGUUUCGUCUUUUGGCCCUUCAGUCUCAAAUUGCUCUGGGCCCCGUUGGUUGAUGCUGUCUACUUUAAGAACUUCGGUCGUCGCAAAUCUUGGCUUGUCCCGACACAGUACAUACUAGGAUUCUUCAUGAUGUAUUUAUCCACUCAAGUGGACCAUUUGCUCGGGAAUAACGAUGGCAGAACGCCCGACGUGGUUGCGCUCACUGUGACAUUUUUUUUGUUCGAAUUCUUGGCCGCCACUCAAGACAUCGCUGUGGAUGGCUGGGCGUUGACCAUGUUAUCCCGGGAAAACGUGGGUUAUGCUUCUACUUGCAAUUCGGUGGGCCAAACAGCGGGCUACUUUUUGGGCAAUGUUUUGUUUUUGGCCCUUGAGUCUGCCGACUUUUGUAACAAAUAUUUGCGGUUCCAGCCUCAACCCAGGGGAAUCGUUACUCUUUCAGAUUUCCUUUUUUUCUGGGGAACUAUAUUUUUAAUAACAACAACACUAGUCGCCCUUCUAAAAAAAGAAAACAAAGAAGUAUCAGUAGUAAAAGAAGAAACACAGGGGAUCACAGAUACUUACAAGUUGCUUUUUGCAAUUAUAAAAAUGCCGGCAGUUCUGACAUUUUGUCUUCUGAUUCUGACUGCAAAGAUUGGUUUUUCAGCAGCAGAUGCAGUAACAGGACUGAAAUUGGUAGAAGAGGGAGUACCCAAAGAACAUUUAGCGUUAUUGGCAGUUCCAAUGGUUCCUUUGCAGAUAAUAUUACCUCUGAUUAUCAGCAAAUACACUGCAGGUCCCCAGCCACUAAAUAUAUUUUACAAAGCCAUGCCCUACAGAUUAUUGCUUGGAUUAGAAUAUGCCCUACUGGUUUGGUGGACGUCUAAAGUAGAACAUCAAGGGGGAUUCCCAAUAUAUUACUAUAUCAUCGUGCUGCUGAGUUAUGCAUUACAUCAGGUUACCUUGUACAGCAUGUAUGUUUCCAUAAUGGCUUUCAAUGCAAAGGUUAGUGAUCCACUAAUUGGAGGAACAUACAUGACCCUUUUAAAUACCGUGUCCAAUCUGGGAGGAAACUGGCCUUCUACAGUAGCUCUUUGGCUGGUGGAUCCCCUCACAGUGAAGGAGUGUGUAGGAGCAUCAGACCAGAAUUGUGGAACACCUGAUGCUGUUGAGCUUUGCAAAAAAGUUGGUGGCUCAUGUAUUACAGCACUGGAUGGUUAUUAUGUGGAGUCCAUUAUUUGUGUUUUUAUUGGAUUUGGUUGGUGGUUCUUUCUUGGUCCAAAAUUUAAAAGGUUACAGGAUGAAGGACCAUCUUCAUGGAAGUGCAAAAGGAACAAUUAAUGCACACGUCACUGGACAUUCUAGAAAGGUAAUUGUCAUUUAGUUUUAAUUCAGAGAGCUAUGAUAAUCAGUACACAGGAGUAUAAAAUAUUAUUUUCAACAAGAAAUUAUUAAUAUAAAAUGCCAAAUGGUUGAAAAAUAGAGACCUCUAUAUAUUUGAUCAUAUUUUUCCUUGCUCUGUCGAUGUAUUUAAAAUUUACUUAAGGUCAUGAAAUUGGUUCUAAAAUAAUUUUUCUGGCCUUGUUAUUUGAUUUAUAUCUUUUUAAUUUACUGACCAAAGCAUGUUCUAAGCUGCAAUGCAAUAGUCAUGGGUGGUAUCCAUGCAGUUAAGUAUUGUUAUCAGUACUUAUCAUUGAGCUGUAUUUAAAAUUUUGGUACAAUAGAUUAAGUGGAAAAUAGCUUGAUAUGCAGGUAUUAACUAUAACUAGUGUGACCUUAUUGCAGUUAAAAUCUUUUUGUUUUAAACUGUAAAUUGAUUAAAUUUUAUGUAGAAGUUGCUGAGAAGAGAAUGUAGACUACAUACAUGUCAUUUUAGUUGUUAUUUCCUGAUAUAACCACAUUGUACAAAUGAAUCUGUGCUAAAAAAAAAUAAAAGACUAUUUUAAGUGUAAUUUCCUGCUUUUGUAAACGUUAAAGAUUUAUAAGAAGAUUACUCAAACUAUUUUUUAUAAAAUGAAAGUUAUAAUUUUUUAAUUUAUUGAUUCCUCCUGCCCCUGCCCCUUCUUUUGGAAAAUAUUUCUAUUUCUUGUUAACUUUUCCCCUAAAGCUUAACAUUUGUUUUUUGCCAUAAGUGCUUCAUCGCAGAGAGACAGCUAAUGAGGGAAUUAAAUUUAGUGUUGUAUGUAUGUUUGUGGCAAAGUUUUGAAAAUAAAAAUUAAAUGUUAUUCUUCAAGAAGUUUUUUUUUAAUCACAAGAGAAAAGAUGGUAAAGCCUUCUGAUUAGGUAAAAUGUAAAUGAGUACUAUCAUAAUUUUAAAACUAAUAUUUUAAAGAAAGACAGAUAUUUUGUGCCUUUGACAAAAUUUUGUAGUGGAAGAAUGUUUAAUUAAGCACUUUACUGGUGAAAAAGAUCUCCCAAUUACUUUAUGCCAAAUUGUGUACUGUAUUUUCAUUAAUUAAAACACAAUCUUUUGUUUGUAAACUAGAGUUUCUAGUGAACAGUUGUCAUUCCAGGAGAAUUAAGCUUUUGAGUACUUUAGCAGUUUUCAACAUACUGGGUACACCCAGUGAUAAGAUUUUUUUGCAUAUUUUGCUAUACAUUACUCUGGCUUUUUAGAGAUUAUAUAAAUUAUUCAAAGGUUAGAGAAAAUAAGAGAUUAAGUUACAAGUCUUAAUAAUUUUAUCUUUGUGGGAAAAUAUAUACUAACUCUUGAUUUUGUUAAUUUUAUAACAUAGGUUGAAUUUUAGAGUGGGGUUUUUAUAAGUAAUGGAGGAUAAAAUGGGUGGGAGAAAAUGGCACACAGCUUCUGAAGAAAGGGGCAGUGGCCUCUAGAACACAUGCAUUGCCAUUGGAAAGCCAGUGUUGGACAUCGAUGUCAGAUCCUGAAGAAUCACCUGAAAAAAUAAACAUCCUAGAGGCAUGGAGGCUACACCAAACCAUGGACUACAGUACUUGGUGACAUGGUUGUCUAUUAUCAUGUAUUAUAAUCAAAAUGUUUACUUGAAUAAAGAAAAAAACCCACUUAACUCUCAC